UGUUUACCUAAUGUUGCGUUUUAGCAUGGUUUUAGCACAGUAGAAAAAAAUAGUUAUUAUUACCUCCUUACAGUGUCGUAACUCCUAAAUUUGUGCCAUUCUGUGAUUCGCGUGUAUCUGUUUGUGAACUUUCAUCACGGAUAACCUGGUUGUGAGUUUAACACUUAAAUAAAUCUUCAGAAUGGUGGUUCCCAAGCCAGAAGUAAAUCUACCGUGGGUGGAGAAGUACCGUCCAAAAAAACUUGAUGAACUUAUCUCUCAUGAUGACAUUAUCAAAACCAUCAACAGAUUUAUGGAUCAAAAUCAGCUGCCUCAUUUACUAUUCUAUGGACCUCCUGGAACUGGUAAAACUAGUACAAUCCUUGCAUGCGCUAAACAAAUUUACCAACCAAGUCAAUUUAAAUCUAUGGUUUUGGAAUUGAAUGCCUCUGAUGAUCGUGGUAUCAACAUUGUGCGGACCCAGAUUUUAAACUUUGCGUCAACAAAAACCAUUUUCAAAUCUGGCUAUAAAUUGAUAAUUCUUGAUGAAGCUGAUGCAAUGACAAACGAUGCUCAAAAUGCUUUGCGGAGGAUCAUCGAAAAGUUCACUGAUAAUGUUAGAUUUUGUAUGAUUUGCAACUACCUGAGCAAAAUCAUCCCAGCACUCCAAUCUAGAUGCACAAGGUUUCGUUUCGGACCCCUGGAUGCAAAGCAAAUCAUGCCUCGCUUGGACCAUGUUAUUCAAGAAGAAAAGGUUGAAGCGACGGAUGAUGGGAAAGCGGCCCUUAUAGAAUUGGCUGGAGGUGAUAUGAGAAAAGUUUUGAAUGUCUUGCAAAGUGCAGCGUCUGCCUUUCCAGUAGUCAAUGAAGAUGCAGUGUACUCUUGCUGUGGACAUCCCUUGAAAAAUGAUAUUUUUGAAGUUCUCAAAUGGCUCCUAAACGAUCCCUUCUCCUCUGCAUACCAAAAAAUUCAAGAACUGAAGAUUCGGAAAGGAUUAGCUCUGCAGGAUAUCCUCACUGAUGUUCACAAGUUCCUUCAUAAAAUUGAUUUGCCUCACAAAACCAUCACAGAGCUGUUAAUAAAAAUAUCUGAUAUUGAAUAUAGACUAGCAGGAGGGACAAGUGAAAAGCUGCAGGUCAGUGCCCUCGUUUCUGCUUUUGUGCUGGCACGACACAAACUUGAGGUGAAUUAGCGCGCUUCUCCUGCAACUGAAGAUCCUUCAUAUGAUCAUCCUAUUCUAAUUGAACUCAUGAGCCAUAAUAUUUUCAAUUACGUUGGAACCUCAACUCAGGCCAAGGUAAUCCUUGCUCUGUCUCAUUAAUUGUGAUCCACAACUCAGGUACCUGAAGUCCAUCAUUUCAUGUUUUCAUACAAUUUUAAGUACAUAAUUGUGAUGGUACUCUACAAUUAUUUCAUUUGUCCCCUUAUUGUCUCUCCUCUUGAUGGUCUCAGUGACUAAUUCAUGUCAUUUGUAAAUGUGUCCAUUGGUAUGAAAAGGCAUUGUCUGAAAAGGGAUUACAGUAGUAAGAGGAACAAAACUGCAUUAACUUGAGUAAUACAUUUUCCAAAAUUUAACGGUGUUUCGAUAACAAGUAAAUUAUUUCUAUUUAGACUUUCAUUUUGAUCUAUAAUGAGGAAGACUCGGUGAUCGGAGUGUCGUCAACAUUAAAUUUUUUUGUUUGAAUUCAUUAUCAAGCACCUUGUAAUAUUGAGCCUGAAUCCGAAGGAAAUCUUCGUAUAAUGAAGAAUUUUGUACACGAUCAAUUUCGCCCGAUACUUCUUACUAAUCUUUAAGUUUGCUUUCUCUCAAAAUGUAUCAACAAAUCCUACCUUGGGUAAAGACUAAGAUUACUUUUGUGUUCCGAUAAUACCCUAGCAUUCUUAGCGCUGCUGAAACGUAUUUGAAAUCAUGGUGAGAAUUUUAAAAAGGAAUCAAAAUUUUUCAUGCUUAAAGUAGGUAAAAUUAAAAAUCUUCAUCCAAUCAAGUCCUAAUAGCUGUUUUUGAUUGGACAGUCCGAGUAAUGAGCGUUGUUCUAGAGAGUAGUAUCCGCAAGUAUGGAGUGUCUGUUUAAGUCCAACACAGUUAGAAAUGGAAGUAUUCUUUCGGAAAGUGCCUACGGUACUGAAUUCAAUAAAAUCAAGUCACAUUUUUGGUUUAAAAAUCCAUAUAUUAAGCGCUGUUUUUAAAUGCUCUUCUCAUUGUAACUGCAUGCUUUGAGAUCAUCCCUUCUUCUAAUGUAAAUAUGACACCUACCUAUAUAAAUUUUAUUAUAAAAUUGAA